AUGUGGACAUUCCAGGCAGACAGAUUGAGUGGAAUUGUCUCUGCUUUAGCAGCUCUUUGUGUCGCCUGCUGUGCGCAAAGCCCCUCCACUGGAAAUAUUUCUGUGGUGAAAGAGAUUGUGGACAAGCUGCUGAAGGGCUAUGACGUCCGCCUCAGGCCUGACUUUGGAGGUAACCCUGUCACAGUGGGAAUGAGCAUCCACAUCUCCAGCAUUGACCAGAUCUCUGAAGUCAACAUGGAUUACACCAUCACCAUGUACUUCCAGCAGAGCUGGCGGGACAAACGCCUGGCCUACAACGACCUUCCUCUCAACCUGACCCUGGACAACAGGGUGGCUGACCAGCUGUGGCUGCCUGACACCUAUUUCCUGAACGACAAGAAGUCCUUUCUGCACGGGGUGACGGUGAAGAACCGCAUGAUCCGGCUCCACCCCGACGGCACCGUCCUCUACGGCCUGAGGAUCACCACCACGGCCGCCUGCAUGAUGGACCUGCGGAGGUACCCGCUGGACCAGCAGAACUGCACGCUGGAGAUCGAGAGCUAUGGCUACACCGUGGAUGACAUUGUCUUCUUCUGGCAAGGGAAUGACUCUGCUGUCACAGGGAUGGAGGUGCUGGAGCUGCCCCAGUUCACCAUCAUCGAGCAGAGGCUGGUCAGCAGGGAAGUGGUCUUCACCACGGGUUCGUAUCUGCGCUUGUCCCUGAGUUUCAGGAUUAAGAGGAACAUUGGUUACUUCAUCCUGCAGACCUACAUGCCAUCCAUCCUCAUCACCAUCCUCUCCUGGGUCUCCUUCUGGAUCAAUUAUGAUGCUUCAGCUGCACGAGUGGCACUGGGGGUCACCACGGUGCUUACCAUGACAACCAUCAACACCCACCUGCGGGAGACGCUCCCCAAGAUCCCCUACGUCAAGGCUAUUGAUGUUUAUCUCAUGGGCUGCUUCGUCUUCGUGUUCCUGGCGCUCCUGGAGUACGCUUUUGUCAACUACAUCUUCUUCGGGCGGGGGCCCCGGCAGCAGAAGAAGCAGAGCGAGCGCAUCAGCAAGGCCAACAACGAGCGCCACCGUUACGAGGAGAAGAGGGUGAGAGAGCAGGUCGACCCUUACGGCAACAUCCUCCUGAGCACGCUGGAGAUGAACAACGAGCUGCUGGCCACGGACAUGAUGAGCAGCGUGGGCGACUCCCGAAACUCCGUCAUGUCCUUCGAAGGCUCGGCCAUCCAGUUCCGCAAGCCCCUGGCCUCUCGGGAUGGCUUUGGCCACCACCCCAGCCUGGACCGCCACGUGCCGCUGAGCCACCACGCCGCCGCCCGCAACCGCGCCAACUGCCGCCUGCGCCGGCGGUCGUCCAAGCUGAAGCUCAAAAUCCCAGACCUGACAGACGUCAGCACCAUUGACAAGUGGUCACGGAUCAUUUUUCCGAUCACUUUUGGAUUCUUCAACCUUGUUUACUGGUUGUACUAUGUAAAUUGAUGCCUGCGGCCUCCCAGAGAGAUAAUAGGGACAGACGCUCAGACAAUGACAACACGGGAGUGUUGUUGGUCUUUUGGGUUUGGGUUUUACUCUUUACUAUCAUUGUCAUUUAUUCCUAUGGUUCAUUAGAUUUAUUCUAAGCUUACUCUUCUCUUUUCAGCACAUGUAGAACCACGGAGUGUGGGGUGGGGUAAAGGGAGAGGAAGGUAAGGGAGGGGGUUUGGUUUCAGGGAGGGAUGUGUUUGUCUUGAUUUUGGUUUCCUGCUGAAGGACUUAAACCAUUGUAAAAA